AUGUCUAACUUCGUCGUGGGAACCAACUAUGCCGUGCUCGAUGUGAUUGGGGAAGGCGCAUAUGGUGUGGUCGUCUCAGCAGUCCAUAAUCCGACUGGCCGCAAGGUCGCUAUCAAACGAAUAACACCAUUCGACCACUCCAUGUUUUGUCUUCGCACACUGCGCGAGAUAAAGCUUCUUCGACACUUUCACCAUGAGAAUAUUAUCGCGAUUCUGGACAUUCUUCGCCCCCCUUCCAUCUCCCAAUUCACUGAGGUCUAUCUUGUGCAGGAGCUCAUGGAAACCGACCUCCAUCGAGUCAUUCGCACACAGGAGUUGUCCGAUGACCAUUGCCAGUACUUCAUCUACCAAACUCUGCGUGCACUGAAGGCACUACACAGCGCCGAUGUCCUCCAUCGCGACCUCAAGCCAUCCAAUCUCCUCCUCAACGCCAAUUGCGAUCUGAAGCUGUGCGACUUUGGUCUUGCUCGUUCUGCUCGCCCUCCCCCACAUGCCGCCAACGACAGUAGUACUUUUCUCACUGAAUAUGUGGCCACUCGAUGGUACCGUGCACCUGAAGUCAUGCUCACCUUCAAGGAGUAUACGCGUGCGAUAGAUAUGUGGUCUGUUGGCUGUGUACUUGCUGAGAUGCUGAACGGGAAGCCGCUGUUUCCUGGGAGAGACUAUCACCACCAACUCAGCAUCAUCCUCGACAUCUUAGGGACUCCAUCAAUUGACGAUUUCUACGCCAUCUCCAGUCAACGAAGGCAGGGCUUUCAUAGGCGUUUGACGAGAUUGUCUCACACAAUAGACAGUCGCGAAUAUAUCCGUGCCCUACCUUUCCGCAAGAAGCGACCCUUCACGCAACUUUUCCCCAAAGCCAACCCCGAUGCGUUGGAUCUAUUGGAGAAACUGCUGACAUUUUCUCCAAAAAGACGGAUUGAGGUUGGCGAGGCGCUGGCGCAUCCAUACCUCUCACCAUACCACGAUCCUGCGGAUGAGCCAACUGCCGAGGCCAUCGACCCAUCCUUCUUCGAUUUCGACAUGGGCGAGCCGUUGGGGAAGGAGGACCUCAAAGUGCUCAUAUACGAGGAGAUAACGCGUCCAGAUAACCCGGCGGCGCCCUUUGAGCUCCAAGAUGCCAACUCAGUCACCUCGUGA